UUUAGACUGUAUAUACAUAGUUUCUACAAUUCGGUUCCAUAAAUAGAAUGUCCACCCCUGUCAUAAGUGUAGCUCCGCCCCUGCUACUGUAACGUCUCAUUCGGUUUCCAUAGCAACUGACAACAUUAGCCAAGCUAGCGUCUGUAGUUAACACAAAUUAGACAGAAGUUAACUAGUCUGUUGUAGUUUUAUGGAACUUUUUCUGCGUGUUAUUUUUAUAUUUUAAUCUGUUUGUUAAUUUCAACCUUCAGUAUUCCGCUCAUGUAGUAAAGUUUCUACCUUAGUAUGUCGUCCACUGGCAUCACGCAGGAUGUUUUGCAGCAGGUCGACCGGUUCUGGUCCAUGUUGGAUGAGCUCUCUCAAAAUGACCCAGCAGCUUACCGCAAGCUCAUCGAGAAGCAGAUGAAGGCAGGAGCCGAGUUCUGUGCACAACCUGAGCUUCACUCGACUCUGUGCGCCGAAAUUUUGGAACCAGAGAGAGGCCCGUUGUACAUUAACAUAUGUAGCUGGAAACGUGUGCCUGCACCUCAGGAUCGCAGCAGGCCUUUGCCUGUGUGUUCAGGCAAACUGGAAAGAGGCACGAGUGAACAGCAAGGCUGUUACUCUGUGCUGGAUGUGGCAUUAAACCCGACAGUGCUACAGGAAAAUAAGGAGGAAAAAGCAGAGAUUAACCAAGUCUACGUGUUGGCCAUGAGCUUCGCCCAGCAGCAGCAUGGGAUAAGGUUAUCUGAGCGCUACACGGUUGUGAAAUGUAGCCCAAAAAGUAACCCAGAUGAGUUGUACCGUCGGCUUGGAUUUCAGAAAACCUUCAAACAACCAGACACGGUGGGUCAGACUCCAGGUUCCCUCCUGCAGCAGAUCUCUUCUCUACGAUCAGAGAAACAAGACGAGGAAUUUGCAGACCAAAGUGAGUCUCGGCCUGCAGAGCCUCUAAAGAAGAAUUUGAUCCAGGUCAUCUCUACUACUUUUGUGGAGCCUCAGAGGCCUGAAUACCAACUCGAGGUGAAGGCUGAUAAUACGGCAGGAGGUCCUCACAGCUUUGAGCUGACAGUCGAGCUGCCUAAGGUUUCCUCCAUGUCAGAGUGCCAGCUGCAAAUGUCUAAGGACGACGUCUUACUGGAGGUGGAGGAUGUUUACUAUUUGCUUCUGGAGUUUCCAAAAACUGUAAAUGAAGACACUGCAUCAGCUGUCUUCAAUAAGAAGAAGCGACGGCUUACGUUGAAAGUGGAUGUUGUGUGACCAUUUGUCUUCAUAGAAAAACACAGAAGUGCAUUGUGAGACUGGAAAUACCUCAAGGGACAUAAACUAAAUAAACAAAAUUCCUUUUAUGCGAUGUGGAAAAACACUAAAAGCACAUUAAAGUCUGGACAGACCCACUCUCUGUCACAAAUGUGACAGCUUGCCAGUAAAUUGAUCUAUUUCCAAAAUCAUGUUUUUAUGAAACAAAUAUGGAACAGUGUCCCUUUGUGGCGCGUGGGCAGAUCCGCAUCGACAAAUUGAACCCCCCCACCUCCCUCGAAAAAAAAAUUAAUUGACUUUAAUGACAAUCUGUGGAUUUCGUUUAUUAACGUGUGGGUGUCCGAGCGGAGGUGUAUAAUGGCCAGGAGCUGGUGUAUAGUGUCGUCGUUGUGUGCAGGGGGAAUAAUUGACAAAUGAUCCAUGCAAUAAUUUACGUUUAUUAAAACAUCAAAAUUGAUGCAGAACAACGACAUCACUGUUUGGCAAUCUGGAACGUGUGAAAAAUGUCAGUAAACACUUUUUAUUUGGAGGUUCGCACUGAUUACAGCUUUUUUUUUAGAGCUUGUUGUUCAAUGUAAAACUUACAUUCUUUUAUAAUUCAGAGUUCAAGUAUCACAUUGUACUGACCGUUAAAUGGUAGUCCCACAAGUUAUUAAUCAAUACGCGUUCCAUUAAAAAAAUUGUACCCGAAUGUCAAAUUCUUCAUAUUAAACAUUCACUUUAAAAACA